AUGGCCCGAAUCAGAGUGAGAGUAACUAAAGAGCAACGGCAUCAAUCAAGAAUGGCAGAGAUCUCAACGUCAAUAAAAUCAAUAGCAUCAAAGAAACAAAAUAUAACAAAAGAAUUCAAAAAGGGUGAUGAAGUUGAAGUGGCAAGUCACGAAGAUGGAUUCGUAGGCUCUUACUACACAGCAACUAUUCUUUCUAAGCUUGACGCUAAUCAUUAUAUCGUCAAGUACAAGACUAUGCUGACUGAUGAUGAGUCUGAACUGCUGGAGGAGGUGGUCACUGCAGGCGAGGUCCGUCCUGUUCCACCUCAUCAAGAUGAAACAAUGUCAGAAAAAGGAUUCUGUGUAUACGAUAUUGUUGAUGUGUAUGCCAAUGAUGGAUGGUGGUUUGGAUGUAUCAGUGGGAAAAUUGGAGAAGAGUACUAUGUUUAUUUCCCAACAACUGAAGAUAACAUUGCAUACCCUUCUCAUGUGUUGAGAUUUCAUCAAGAAUGGUGUAAAUGCGGGUGGAUAUCUCUCAUAUCAUGA